AUGUUUUACUUUCUCCACUGCCAUUUAUUUAAAAAAAUAAAUUCUUUCUUUAUUUAUGCCACCAAUUUUUUGAUAAGCAUGCCUAAGAGGAGACCACAGGUUUUUAAUCUGGUUUACUACUUCAUACCAAGAUUCAAAACCAGCUACUGCACCGGGCUAAGAUGGAUAACCAUCAGUAAUAAUGAUAGAUACGAGUAUAACACAUUCUUCAAACAUUUCUAG